AUGGAGGAUUCAGAUAUUGAUGAGACUUUUACUCGUGAUGGGAAUUGUGCAUGUGAACAGUCCGCAUUGAGUGCACUUCCGCAUUUGCAUCCGGAAAUGUCUCAUCUUUCAUUGUGUUUUUUUCCUGUGAACGAUUGCAUCACAGACAUAUAUGACUAUAAAAGAAAAGCAAUUGAACAUUUCGAGAAAUUGUGGCGUGAUGAGGAAAUUUGUAUAACUUACUUGGAUACUACUGAUUGCAAUCUAUCGAGUAAUGCAUCGAUGCUUACUUCAAGGAGAAAUAGCGAUUCACUUACAGUUGUUUUCUAA